CUGUAUACUAGCUUCAACAAAAUAGGCUACUUUUCCAGGAAACAAAAAGUUUUCAUGCAUGUUUAUCUAGACUACGGUACUCCUCAUGAGCCGACUUGAAUCAAAGGAAUGUAUUUAAUUUUCUGAUGUAUGCGUGGAAAGCUAUGUUCAGAGCUAGAGUUCUGUUCGAUUAUUGGUUCAUUUGAGUAUAGAUUUUUAAUUUUCUAAAAUAAACUAGUGAGGAAUUUUAUGCACAGCUGCACAUCAUUUUCCAACGGUCUCCUUUUGAUGACGUAAUGGGUUAAAGUUCUGACACAUCCACAACCAGAAACAGGAAAAACAACUUAGAGAGAUGGAAUGAAAGACAGGCAGUUAAAUCCAUAGACAUAUAAACACCUAAAACAAGUAACGCUGACAAUCAUAGCGAGACACUCUCUCACCAAAACAGAAGCAACAGGAAGGAUCGUGUCAUUUUGGAUCACGGAUGAAGAAUGGCCGGGGUAUUCGACAUUGACCUGGAGUCGGAAGACGUCAGUGAUGCAGAGGAGGACGAGUGUCACAUUUCUGUGGAAGAAACUGAUCCUGGACAGAUAGAAGAAGUGGAGCUGACUGGUGCCUGUGUGAACAGGGACAGUGAGCGCGUUGGCCCAGAAUGCUUUGAGCUGCUGACUGUGCUGGGGAAAGGAGGCUAUGGCAAGGUUUUCCAAGUAAGAAAAGUGCAAGGUUCCCAGACGGGGAAGAUAUUUGCCAUGAAAGUCCUCAGAAAGGCAAAGAUCAUAUGCAAUGCAAAGGACACUGCACAUACACGGGCAGAGAGGGAGAUCCUAGAGACAGUGAGACACCCCUUCAUCGUGGACCUGCUGUAUGCCUUCCAGACUGGUGGCAAGCUCUACCUCAUCCUGGAGUGUCUCAUUGGUGGGGAACUGUUUAUGCAGCUGGAGAAAGAGGGGAUAUUUAUGGAGGACACAGCCUGCUUCUAUCUGGGGGAGAUCACACUGGCUCUGGGACACCUGCACUCUAAUGGGAUCAUAUACCGAGACCUCAAACCAGAGAACAUCAUGCUCAACCACCAAGGGCACAUCAAGCUGACAGAUUUUGGCCUGUGCAAGGAGUCAAUUCACGACGGAUCAGUCACACACACCUUCUGUGGAACCAUUGAGUACAUGGCUCCAGAGAUCCUGAUGCGUUCGGGACACAACCGGGCUGUGGACUGGUGGAGCCUGGGGGCCCUGAUGUAUGACAUGAUGACCGGAUCGCCCCCCUUCACAGCGGAAAACAGGAAGAAGACGAUAGAUAAGAUCCUCAAGUGUAAACUCAGCCUGCCCCCGUACCUUACCCCGGACGCCAGGGACAUGAUCAAGAGGCUGUUGAAGAAGAAUUCUGCUCAGAGGCUGGGCUCCAGUAAGGCAGAUUGCGGCGAUAUACAGAAGCAUCCCUUCUUCCGACACAUCAACUGGGAUGACCUGCUGAAUAAACGAGUGGAACCACCCUACAAGCCCUCUCUGCAGUCGGACGAGGACGUGAGCCAGUUCGACAGCCGCUUCACUCGCCAGACUCCAGUCGACAGCCCCGACGACACCUCUCUGAGCCACAGCGCUGACCACGCCUUUGCUGGCUUCACCUAUGUGGCCCCCUCAGUGCUGGAGAGCCUGAAGGAAGGGUUCUCCUGCGAACCCAGGACCCGCCCCAUCCGCCGACUCAACAGCAGCCCUCGCACGCCCAUCAGUCCCCCCAAAUUUUGUCUGACAGAACCCUUCAGGGCCAGUGUCGACGGGGAGGCAGAGCUACCUACACAGACCAAGCCCCUGCCCUCUGAAAACUGUGCCACCCAGCCAAUCAGGACCCCCGGGCGAACCAAGAAGAAAGGGCACAGAAGUGGCAGAUGAAACCUGAUUGGUUCAAAUAUAAUUGCUUUCUCAGGGGCCUUGUACCACUCUUGACGUUAUCACAAACUUUCUGCCAGCAAUGUCUAGUCAAAUGUGCUGUUACUCUGGCAAGGUAAUGUGUUUUGCCAAAAAAUGUCUUACUCUCAUUUUGUAAAAAUCAGUGAGACGUCCAUGUGAGGUAUUCAAUGAUCUACCAACAACAAGCAGAAAAUAAUUUAAUUGCGAAGAAUUAAGAAGUCGGAAGAUUGUCAAUAUUGUUGUCAUUGAAAUGUGCUGCUCUUUGGACUUGAUCUUACGGAAGCUUUCUCUACCCCAUAACUGAAACACUGCUGAAUUGACUUUGUAUGCUUGCAACCUCCUCAUCCUGUAGUUGCGUUAUGGAAAGUCGUCUAAUGGACGCACAGUACAGUAAAUCAGGAGGCUCUGUGCAGCAUGCAAACGUGUCUAUCACAGUGCAGCGCGGACAGUUGCUCGUAUCGAGAGUAAUGUGGUUAACGUGCUAUAACAGCUAGCUCGUCCUCAUACGUAACCUACGCUGAACUGUAUCCGAAAACAAAAAAAAACACUGUAAAGUAUUGCUCCACAGGUCACUGAUGUUUUGCAGAUGUAAUAUGAGAUAUAAUUGAGAUUGUAUGAGGUCAUUAUUUUCUUGUUGCCAAAAUAAGGGAGAAGGGUAUCUUGGGGGUGCAGAGGAAUGAACAAUAUGGUGUGGCUGCAGUAACGGGCCAGCAGAUCACAGCGGUGCGGUUGGCGCAUGAGGUGAAGAGUCCGGUAUGAGAAGAGGGGAUUGUGUGAUACCGUUCUGUGUUUUCUCUCGGAUAUGUGAUGAACCACAUUCAUUUCCUGUGAUGUCAUCACUGUUUCAAGAAUUGGAGGUGAGGGUUUGGUGUUAAACGCUGAUACUGCAUUACACCGGGGUCUGCAUUACACCGGGGUCUGUUUUAUGACUAUCAAUGCUUAUUUAAGUUUGCUAUUGCCACAGUAUUAAUAGAAGUUAUAUUGCCCAUGGUGUUGCACUUUUAUGAUAUAUUUUGACAGGGUAUCAAAUAUUGAGCUUCAUUCAGUUCAAUUGUAAACAUACCAGUCCUCAAAUAUUUAAGUACUUCAACUCUACGGAAUAAAUUCUUGAGUUAUA